AUGGCAAGCGGGGAAGAAGGCAAGGGGGAGACGGUGCUGGUCACCAGCGCCAGCGGCUUCAUCGGCUCGACCCUCGUCCGCGGCCUCCUCGGUCCGGCUACAACGUCCGCGCCGGCGUCCUCAACCCCGGUCAGUAGCACUAGCACCGCACCGCACUCUCCGGCUUUGCUCUCUAGACAGCGUCACCAUGAUGCCGGGAGAAAAGCUGGCCCCUUGCCUGCGACGCGGAGCUCAUCGAGCCCGCGGUGGUGUGCAGAUGACAGGGCGGAGACGGACCACCUCCUCGCGCUCGCCGCCGGCGCCGGCGACGGCCGCCUCAGCUUCUUCCGCUGCGGCCUCCUGGACGGCGCCGCGCUGCUCGACGCCACGCGGGGAUGCUCGGGCGUCUUCCACCUCGCGUCACCCUGCACCGUCGACCCCGUCAAGGACCCCCAGAAUCAGCUGAUGGUGCCCGCGGUGGAAGGGACGCGGAACGUAGUGCGCGCGGCCAAGGACGCCGGCGGAGUACGGCGGGUGGUGGUGACCUCGUCCAUCUCGGCCAUCGUGCCCAGCCCCGGGUGGCCCGCCGACGAGGUCCUCGACGAGCGUUGCUGGACCGACAUCGACUACUGCGAGAAGAACGGGGUUUGGUACCCUGCUUCGAAGGCACUGGCAGAGAAGGCAGCGUGGAAGUUUGCAGAGGAGAACGGGCUAGAUGUGGUUGUGGUUAACCCAGGGACUGUGCUGGGUCCGAUGAUUCCACCAGCCAUCAACGCUAGCAUGGCCAUGUUUUGUCGCCUCCUUAAGAUUCAGUUCAAGUUCUCUAAGGACACCCAGCCUGGGCUGGUGAGAGAGGAGGUGGGGUCCAAGAAGCUCAUUGCGCUGGGGCUUCAGGUCACCCCCAUGGAGAAGAUCAUCAGGGACGCCGUGGAGAGCCUCAAGAGCCGAGGCCACAUCUCCUGA